UUACAAGCUGCACGUCAUGUCAACAAUACGAUCGCAUGAUCAUGUCAUGUGAUAUGAUCACGACAUCAUACAUGUCCGCUCAUCGGUAGCAAUGAUUGACAUGAAAAAAAGAUAAAUGCGUGUAUUUGCGUGCACAAACACGUGCAGUCUUUUUGUAUGUGCGUGAAUGUUAGCGCGUGCGUGUGACUGUGUUUUUAUACGAGCGUGUGUGGGUGUGUGUUCUGAGUCGAUGUGUGCCUGUGUGUGAACGGGUGUGCGCGUGUCGCCGCCGGCAGAGAAUCAACAUGGAAAACGAGACGAGGAGACGUGAUGAAGAGGCCAGCGGAAAAAAAGGAAAAAAGAGAGCGAGCGCGACAGAGCAACAAAGGGAGGAGCCCGCCGAGAAACACGAGCGCACGUCCGAUCGGCCGCAGAAGAAGAAAAAGAAAAGACCAAAGCGAAAACAUCCGACAUGCUGACGCCCGGCUGGCGAACGUCUCUCGACGGCCGGCGGGGGGCGCGGCUGAGGAAGAGGAGGACGAAGGGCAGGCUAGGAGGAGGCGAGCGCGCGAGCGGCAGCCGGACCGAAGAAGAGAUGCCGACUCGGCAGAAAAUAUCACGUCGGAGGCCAGCUGAGCGACGUUAGGCGGCGAGCGGCGCCACUCGCAAAAGCGGACAAACGGAAAACCGACAAAGGCUCCCGGCCGGCCGACGCGCAUUUGAUGAAGACGACGACGACCCGCGGCUGAUGUCGGGCCAACGCACGCACACAAAAACAACAGCGGCAGCACUUGUGUGUGCGUGUCAACACGCGGCGACUGCAGCCCGGCGCCGAGAUUUGCGGCGCUUACGCAAGCCGGCGUUCCAGAUGGAGGAAAUCAAGAGCGUCUCGUACACCGGCUGACGGACACUUUUGCCUCGGAAGCGUCCGGCGCCGCCGCCUCCGGGAGCGUUCUGACCGCGUUCUGCCGGUUUGCGUCGGCGGCUGAGGAUGAAGGACGUGAAAAGCAUUUUCCAGUGAGAGGAAACGGACGAGAGUCGCGCGAUGCGGGCUCUCGUUCAGGGCGCGGCGGCGGCGGCGGCCCGGGUGUCGUCCUGGAGUUACGCGCUGGUUCUGCUGGGCUGUCUCCAGCAGAUCCGAUCCGUCCGGGCCGGCGUCCGCGCGACGGGCCGGGACUCCUCCCGCGAGGUCGGCUGCCUGCGCGCGGCAGACAUCCUGAGCUGCGCCGGGCUGGGCCUGGACCGGGUCCCGGAGGACGUGCCCGCUUGCGCGGUCACUUUGGACCUGAGCCACAACCGUCUGGCGGCGUUGCGGGGGCACAGCUUCGAGGGGCUGCCGCAUCUGCGCGCAGUACGAUUGGCGCACAACCGACUGACGAGCAUUCGGCCGGGCGCCUUCCGGAACUCCUCCGGGGUGCUGCUGCGACACCUGGACUUGUCGUCCAAUAGGCUGCGGGCCGUAGAGGAGGCCUACUUCCGGGACCUUCCCGGUCUGGAGGAGCUGCUGCUCUUCGACAACCUCCUGGUGAAGGUGGAGAGCGACGCCCUGGUGGGAUUGGGCGGCCUGCGCAGGCUCUACCUCAGCCACAACAGACUCCACGAUUUUCCCUUCUCGUCCGUCCGCGAGCACCCCGAGCUGGUCUUGCUGGACCUUUCCUCAAACGGCCUUCUCCGGCUGCCCCUGGAGAACCUCACCAGCCUCCCGGGUAGACUCCAGCAGGGACUCUACCUUCACGCCAACCCGCUGGUGUGCGACUGCGCCACGUACCGAAUGUUCCGCCUGUGGGAGCUUCGAGGCUACGCGUCGGUCACGGACUUCCGGGAGAACUACACCUGCCUGAUGUACGGGGUGCGCGGACUCUCCGCGCGCUUCCUCCCCAACUUCCCCCAACCGUGCAACGCCACCGCCGUGACGCCGCAGUCAAGCGGCGUCACGGUGAAAGCGGGGCGGCCGGCGCUGCUCCACUGUAGCGCCACGCUGACCGGGAAGCACGUCACCUUCUUCUGGGUCUCCCCAACCCAGGAGUACGUGGCGCCGCCCGGCAACAACGGGUCACUGAAGAUGUUCGCCAACGGGAGUCUGGAGAUCGUGGCGGCCCGAGCGGAGGACUCCGGGGUCUACCGGUGCAUGGCCCUCGACCCGGUCGGGAGGCGCAACGAGACGCGGGAAGUGAAGGUGACCGUGGUGACGCGCCACGCCGGCGACGAUCGCGAGUCCUUCAACACCGGGUUCACGACCCUGCUGGGCUGCGUGGUCAGCCUGAUCCUGGUCCUCAUGUACCUGUACCUGACACCCUGCCGCCGCCGCCCCCCCCGCAACAAGGGGGCCGCACCCGCCGGCAACGAGGCCGGGCCGGAGAGCGCCCGGUCCUCCGUCCUCGGCCCCGCCCCGCCCGCCGGCGCCGAGGGCCCGGACCGCAAGGUCAGUACCAACAAACACGUGGUCUUCCUGGAGCCAAUCAAAGAGCAUCAGAACGGGCGGCUCGGGGCGGCACAAGGGCACGCGUGGCCGGGCUCGCUUCCGGAGCCCGAGCCGCAGCAAAAGCUCCGGCGGGACGCCGCUUUCCCGGACACGUCCCUGGUGUUGCCAUAGCGACGUGACUCUGAGAACUACGCCGGCGCCAUCCUGUCUCACACCGCCGACGCCCUCUUCCCGCACCUCCGCUUUGCCUUCAAAGUGACUUUUUGUCAGCCAAGAACCGACCACACCGUGCCGGGGCGGACGACGAGCCGAAACACCAAAGAUGGCCAACGAGCAACUUGGGGGGGACUCGUCGUGGUCACAAAGUAAAACCUUUAAAGCGCGCGUCUACCUUUAUGAACCUUUUCCGCAGACGCCGCCGGCGUCCCAUUAGCGCGGCUCAAAAUAGAAACUCGUCCGGUUGGCUUUUGAUCGUCGAGCAGAACGACAUCAAUAAAAGACGGGGAGCACUUUGGAGGUUUCGUCUGCUAAUGUUUGGGCCGCGCUCGCUGCAUCCUCCCCGCACGACCUCCACUUACUGUCUCGCUCGCUCUGCGCCUAAUAAAGUGAUCCCGACCGAAAGCCCGCCUCAUCCUUUCACGAGCUUAGCUUAGCCAUCCCAAGUUCAGAAUGGGAAUGAAAAUCAUCUUUUUGGACCGAGUGUGUUAAAAACACACAAGGCACGACAAACGCGGCGC